AUGCUUUCCACAAUGGUCCGCCCGGAGGAUGCCAUCAGAAUGCCUCGUGCGUAUCGUGGCGACAUCGACGAGGAGGAUUUAAACAGACGAACGCCAGAACCGCAUCCCACUUCUUCAUCUUCGUCUUCGUCCAACACUGAGGGGCCGAUCAAAAGUGAGGACGAGGUUACACUAGUGAACGGGUCCACGGGUGAAGGUAACAGCAACAACUCAGGCAAACAUCAAACCGGGCCCCGCCUUUUGACGCCAGAUGAAACGGUUGAGCUGGCUCGGCGUGCCGUCGAAAACGGGAUCCAGGAGACCAAGCGCUCUCUGGCAGGCAGUGAAGCUGUUAGCGAUGUCGUGAAGCCAAAAUUGACUAUUGAUUUGGGCCACUCAAACAUCGUCCGCAUACCUGAGCCAGUAGUGGAUACCAUCAAGGAUGAAGUUGAACGCCUCUCUCUAUCGAACAACCAUAUCUUCCAUAUCCCUUAUCGAUUCGCAGAAUGUUCUCAUCUUCGCUACCUCAAUAUCAGGGCAAAUAAUUUCCGAGAAUUUCCUAAGGGGGUAUACAAGUUGCCACUUCUUGAGAUAUUAGACAUCAGCCGCAAUAAGAUCAGCCAUCUCCCGGAAGAGAUCAAGAAAUUGACUUCUCUCCGGGUCUUGUCGGUAAUGCAGAAUCGUCUCGAUGAUUUGCCCCUUGGGAUCUCUGAUAUGAACAAACUUCAAAUUUUGAAAGUUGCCGGGAACCCCUUGCGGUACCCCCUGCGAAGGCUUAUUGAGAAUUCCGAGACAGAAUUUGCCCCCUCCACGAUGCCGGACAAUGAGAAGGAAGUCGCGGUCACUGCGGAACUGAAGAGGUUUCUCAAAACAAAGCAGCCCAUCACGACACUCGAGGUGGAGAGAAACGAUUUCAGCGAGGGCAUGUUAGACACCCCCAAGCCCCUCAAACGCGGAGUGAGCAGUCGUUUCCCCGUGAUCCCGAGCACGGGUGACAAUGCCUCCGACCCCAAGUCGCCGUCGCUGUCUCGACCUCCGCCGAUUCCUCUCAAGUCUCACUAUCGCAUUGCCUCGGGGCAACACACCCUCUUUUCCAGCGGCGUCCUACAACGUCCCGGGGCCAGGCCUUUCGCUGCCAAUGAGCGCAACCGAAGCAACAGCGAAGGCAUUAUUCAAGCGUCUUUGGCCGCGCGCAGCAAGCGCAUGGGAGUAAUUCGGAAGAACACAGAUCUAGGGACAUUGGACGAGACGCGACCGUAUCGAAACAGCCACCUGCGAGGUCUUAGUUAUGGCUCCAUCCUUCGGACCAGACCGAUUGCGGGCGUGUCCAACAGCAAUUCCUCCAGCCCGAGCAGCCCGAGGGAGCGCAGACGCUUAAAGGACGGGUUCGUGAAUCGAAUGUCAAGCCUGCCAGAACAUAAGGGCGAAAAAGAAACCACAGAACCUAUCAUUGAGUGUGCCAAGGGAAUUCUCUUCGCCCUUUUCCAGAUCCAAUCGAAUGUUUCUUCGCUGAUCAAUGUGAUCAAACGCGACGAAACUCGGCGAAACAGUCUCGAGAUCGUCUUUUACAAUGCCUCGACUCAUGUUGAGCGGCUGAACGAGGCCAUCGAGAAUGCCGAACAAUCCCGGUCCGAUGAAACGGACGUGGUGCGGUUGGCGAACGAGGCCGUCAAAAGAGAAUGCGAAACUUGCAUCAUUGCGUAUACCCAUGUUGGAACACAACUGCGCAACAGUAUCGAGAAAAUAGUCGCAAAUGGCGACCCGCGCUACCUACGUUCGUUGAUGCUUAUGAUAUUCGGCAGUGUGGUCGAGCUGCGCAACGCGUGUGUGAGCUUGGGCGUUCCACUCCAGUCUCGCAAACGGGCUUCUCCAACGAAACCUAUUGUGCCGGAAAUAAAAGAGUCCGCGGGUUCGGACCGAUUCCUUGGCCCAGCAGUGACUCCAACAAGAGGAAGGGAACCAUCAUUCUCGACGCGUCGGUUCCGAAGCGACACAACGAUUCAGCACCCUCAGAUCACGACGAUUGGACCCUUCCAGGCCGCUCAAUACUACCAAUCUGCAGUUAGCUCUCCUGGGUUUGCCCCAACCCCCUUCAGCUUUGGAGCCCGGAGUCGGUCGAGCAGCAGAUCCAACCUUAUCAAUACGUCCGUGCCAUCUUCACUCGCGACCCCUCGCUCGGGCGAGUCAUUCCCUCCCAUGCCCAGCUCUGUUGUACCCCGGAUCAACCCCUUAACUGGCCUAGAUGAAAUUGAAGAGGAGCGCAUCUUCGAGAGGAUCUUCUAUCAGCUUACGUCAGCCUACACGGCUGCUCUACAGGCACUGCCUUUGGCGCGGCGUCAACUCGUGCGAUGCCAUGAAGCAGCAGAGCAAGGACGCGAAUCCGAGGGCAUUUUAAUGCUCUGGAACAAUCUCAUUCGGCGGUGUCGGGUUUGCUUGGAGGUGUCGGAAGCACUCGGGCUUCGUCUUUCCAACAUGAAGGUAAAAGAGCCCGGUGGCGGGAUGCGGAACCAGCGCGAGUUCUGGCAACUGUGUAAGGCGUUCAUGCAGUCCUUUGUCGACCUGGUUACCGACAUGAGAGAGGUUCGAAGUAUGCAGCUUCUUCCUAGCGAUAUUAUCAUCAUACUUCGACCAGUUCAGAGGGCAAGCAGGGAAGCAGGCCGGCUGAUUGAUGCUUCACCGUGGUCUUAUCUUGCGGACAUGGCCCCAAGCAAUACUUCGUCAAACAUCUACGGGCCUCCGUUGCAGACGCAGCACUCGCAGCAUCAGACCUCGAUGUCUAAUCCGAACACCUUUCACAUCAGCUCUAGCUUAUCCCCACAGUCUAUCCAUCUCCCUGCAACGCCACUGAGUGCAGCCCUUGGACCUGCUGCGCAGGCGACGGUGCCGUCUACCCCCGCAAGUGCGUACAGUGACAAGUUUUUCGAAGGAGACGUUUUCCAGAGAGCUGACUCGCUGCUCUCAAUGCCUAACCAGGCACCUUUCUUUAGUCGUCGGUGA